AUGUCAGCCCGACAUGCCCUUGUUACUGUAAUACAAUGGCUGGCCCACGAAUUCGGACUUGCAACGAUGCGGAAGACAGGAAAAGAUGUCUACAUUAUCAUUCUAGCGCGGUACCUACGCCUCUUUGCCUACGGUGCCAUUGCGCUUAUCCUCGCGCUGUUCUUUCAAGAGCAAGGGUUUUCAGACGAGCAGAUUGGGCUGUUUAUGACACUCACUCUACUCGGGGAUGUGGUGAUUAGUUUGCUGUUGACGCUUGUUGCGGAUUCCUUGGGACGCCGAAGGACGCUUUUGCUGGGUGCGGUGUCGAUGGCGGUAUCUGGUGCUGUAUUCGCGAGUACGAGUCAUUAUCUUGCGUUGCUUCUCGCGGCGAUUGUCGGGGUGAUUAGUCCGACGGGCAAUGAGAUUGGGCCGUUUCGGGCGGUGGAAGAGUCGACGCUUGCGCAUUUGGUGGAGGAGGGGAAGAGGGCGGAUGUGUAUACCUGGUAUGUUGUUCUUGCUGUGCUAGGGACAUCGACAGGGUUGGCGGUUGGGGGUGUUGCGGUUGAACGGUUGCAAGGGUUGGAAGGGUGGACGGCUUUGGACGCGUAUCGUGCCAUGUUCUGGAUUUAUACGGGCGUUGGGUGCGUCAAGGCGCUUAUGGCGCUGUGUAUGAGCCAGCGGUGUGAGCAGAAUGACGCAGUUGACAAGCAGAAUGUCGACUCUGUAUCUGCGGAGACGGAGCCAUUGCUGGGUGAAGGUCAAGAUACUGGAAGUGUGAAUGUGCCGGCACAAGAGGAACGCCCUGCGGAACCUGAGAAGAAGAGAAGGUUUUGGCACUCCAUUAGCACAAUAUCAAAGCCUAGCCGUGUGGUACUAGUCAAGCUUUGUAGCUUGUUCUUCCUUGAUUCUCUGGGCUCGGGAAUGGCUCCGUUCAGUCUGAUCAACUACUACAUGGACCAGAAGUUCAACUUGCCAAAAGGGAAACUUGGGGGCAUCAUGUCAGCGACUUGGUUCGUUUCAACUAUUGGCAAUGUCUUUGCCUCUAGUCUAGCCAAGCGCCUCGGCUUGAUUCAAGCCAUGGUAGCCACUCACCUCCCGUCAUCCAUCUUCCUAGCUCUUCUCCCGGUCCCAUCUGGUCUCGCUCCGACUAUCUUCUUGCUUGUUUCUCGCUCUGUGCUCAACUCGAUGGAUCAAGCACCGAGGACAGCCUUUCUCUCCAUUGUUGUGCUACCAGGAGAGCGCACAGCCGUCAUGGGCGUGGUCAACAUUUUAAAGAUACUGAGUCAGAGCGCUGGUCCAACCUUUACGGGCCUUCUUGCUGGCAAUGGUCAUUUCUGGGUGGCUUUUGUGACGGCAGGUUGCUUGAAGGCAGUAUACGAUCUACUGUUGCUGGCGUUUUUUGGAGGCAGAGUAGAAUCACGGAGACAUGAGAGCGAGCAAGCUGGGAACAGGGCAGACGAAGUCGGAGACGUGGAGGUCAAUCCGUCUGGGGAACGGACCGAUGUGCAGAGGUCGGCUUGA